AUGCCAGAGAUCGGGAACACCGAGCCCAGCUACAGUGGCACUUCCUGGGAAAGAAUCUGCCCGGUCCAUCACUGUCCCAUUCCUGCAUCCCCCAGGCUGGGGGGAGACCGCCUGCCCUCCUCCAGCCACACGCUUGGCCCAGUCUCCACCCAGUCCAAUGGCCAGGUGCCGUCAAGCUCCCAGGACUUGCAGCAGCAUCACCUCUAUUACCCCUGCAACCAGCAGGAGCCCCGAGGCAGCUAUGGCCUGCCCCCGCUCCCUGGGCAUGGCGAGAGGCCCAUGUUGUGUUCCCACCUUUCCAGCAGUGAUCCCGCGCCAGCUUCCCACCACGAGGCCUCGGAAACCCCCUGGAAACAGUGGUCCCCCGGGCAGCGACGGCCAGUGCAGCAUCACAUUGUAACAGUCAGACAUGACAAAGCUUUCAGGAUGCCAAAAAGUUAUUCUCAAAUGAUCGCAGAGUGGCCCAUAGCCGUCCUGGUGCUGUGUUCAGUGACAGCUGUGGUUUGCACUUUAGCUGGCCUGCUUGUUGGAAAUUUGCCUGACUUUUCAGAACCCUUAAUGGGUUUCGAGCCACGAGAUACUGACAUUGGCAGAAAGCUCGUUGUGUGGAGGAAUGUAGAGAGCCACACAGGCUACAAGAAGACCUUUUCCCUUUCUCCCUAUGCCGAGAAGAAAAGCUAUGAUGAAAUUGGCAUUAGCAGAGGACAGAAGGCUGCUCAGGGAGAACAAGAAGCGAGGACACGGAGAAUGGUGGAACAAAUCUACGGAGCGGAUGGUUUCUUUUGUGGUCCCCCAGAAAAGAGCUAUUCCCAGCUGGUAUUUAUGUCGACAACUGCUGGGAGCUUAUGGAACUUGCAAGCUAUUCAGUCCAUGUGUCAAAUUGAACAAGACAAGAUACGCUCACAUGUUCAUUUUAGAGACCUCUGUCAACGUACUGAAGCCAACGAAUGCUGCCCGAGCUGGUCUCUGGGGAACUACAUUGCUGUCCUGUACAACAGGUCUUCGUGUUUGGAGAUAACCCAAGGAGACAUCUCCCAUACUCUGGCCCUCCUUCGUGCCUGUGCUCCAGACUACCACAAAGGUAUCCUCACUCCAUCUUGCAUAGGUCCUGAGACUGUGAGACAGAAACACUCUCAGUGUGCCAAAGUCCCAGAAAAAUGUACCCGCUUCAAUGCCAUUUACCAGCUUCUUCACUUCUUGGUCGACAGAGACUUUCUUAGUCCCCAGACGAUGGAGUACCAAGUGCCAUCUCUCAAAUACAGCCUGCUGUUUUUGCCUACGAGGAAAGGUGCUUCUAUGAUGGGGAUCUACUUAGACAAUCUUGAAUCCUGGGAUCUGUUUGAUAACUAUACAUCUAUCACUGGAAUGGACCUGGGCCUUAAACAGAAACUAUUCCAGCACUAUCUUUUACUGGAUACUAAGUAUCCAGUCCUGGCAAUAUUAGCUAUUUUUCUAAGCAUUUCUUUUUAUUUACGCUCAGUCUUUAUUACCUUGAUGGUCCUGCUCGCUGUUGUCAGUUCUUUAAUGAUCUCCUACUUCUUGUACAAGGUGGCCUUCAGAUUCACCUAUUUCCCUUUUGUAAACCUGACAGCAGUCAUCAUUCUCAGCAGCAUUUGUGCCAACCACACCUUCGUCUUCUUCGACCUCUGGCACCUCAGCAAGAACCAGAACCCUUCCGCUGGGCUUUCUCAGUGGGUGAGUCAAACCAUGCACCAUUUUGCGUAUCUCAUGCUGGCAUCUUGCUUCACAACGGGUGCUGCCUUCUAUGCCAGCUACAUUAGCAAUAUAAUAGCCAUCCGCUGCUUUGCUAUUUACAUGGGCACCUCCAUGCUGGUGAAUCUGGUAUUCAUGAUGACUUGGCUUCCUUCUUCGGCCGUGCUGUAUGAGCGCUACAUAGCAACGACCUGCAUUUACAAGCCAGAAGACUACUGGAACAACAUUGGCCAUAAGAGAGUCGCUCUCUCCCUCCAUUACAUUCUCAGGGGUCUCCAGAACACGCUGUCUGAAACCUCCAAGCUGCUGUUUGAAAAGCUUCUGCCUUGUGGGGUCAUCAAGUUUCGGUACAUCUGGAUCUGCUGGUUUGCUGCCUUAGCGGUAGGAGGUGCCUACAUUUCCUGUUCCAACCCAAAACUCAAACUCCCGACUCUCGAGACGUCGUCUGUCCAGGUGUUUAGACUGAGCCACCCCUUUGAGAGGUACGAUUCUGAGUACUGCCACCAGUUCAUGUUUGAGAGGCUGGAGCAUGGAGAAGGGCAGCGUAUGCCUGUCACGAUAGUCUGGGGCAUUCUGCCCGUGGAUAAUGGGGACCAUUUCAAUCCAAAAAGCAAUGGCACCCUAGUGACAGAUGUCACCUUCACAAUCCAAAACCCUGAUGCCCAGAAGUGGCUCCUCGAAUUCUGCCAAAAAGUGAAGAACAAAACUUUCUAUUACCCUGACGCAGAGCAGAAAUCUACUGUGUGCUUCAUGGAGGAGUUCCUCAGGUGGAUGGACAGUCGCCAGUGCUCCCAGCGAGACCACAGCUUCAACCUUUGCUGUAACCAGUUCUCCUUCCCUUACAGAAGCGAAGUCUUCCUACACUGCAUCAAAAUGAUGCUCCUGGAACAAGGCAGGGAAGAGGCAGAAACGUACGAUCUGGGCCUCAGGUUUGACGGGGAGGGAAAUCUCGCUGCCUUAGUGCUGCAGUUUCAAACUAUUUACCACUAUAGCUUCAACUACAGCAAAGCCAAACAAUUCUACGAGGAAAUCAACCUCUGGGUAACAGAGGAAAUGAAAACUGCCCCCGUGGGGCUUCAGAAUGGAUGGUUUACCAGUAAACUAGAGCUAUACAACCUCCAGCACAGUCUCAGCACAGAAACGAUGGUGGUCAUGGGGCUCUCCAUAGCCAUUUCCUUCGUGGUGCUGCUGCUCACUACCUGGAAUGUUCUCCUUAGCGUUUUCUCUGUUACUGCCAUCGCAGGCACUGUCCUGGUAACUGUUGGCCUUUUGGUCCUCUUGGAGUGGCAGCUCAACGCAGUGGAGUCUCUCUUCAUUUCAGCUGCAGUAGGUCUCUCCGUUGACUUUACCGUCAACUACUGCAUCUCCUAUCAUCUGUGCCCCCACUCCGACCGCCUGAGCCGAGUGGCCUUUUCGCUGAAGCAGAUGAGCUGUGCCACGGCCAUGGCAGCUUCUGCUCUCUUCUCUGCAGGGGUCAUUAUGUUGCCUGCGACGGUCCUGGCGUAUAGGAAGUUGGGGAUAUUCAUCAUGAUGAUCAAGUGUAUCAGCUGUGGGUUUGCCAGCUUCUUCUUCCAGUCACUGUGCUGCUUCUUUGGCCCAGAGAAGAACUGUGGGCAGAUCCUUUGGCCUUGUGCCCACACCAUGAAAGACUAUUCUGAUGACUCCGGGCUGAACGGAAGCUUUGCCUGUGGGGGGAGCGAGAAGCAAAACCGACUGCGGAAGGUCCAGGAGUCCAACACUGCAAACGAGCAAUACGAGCUCCAGCCCUUGUCCAGAAAACUCAGCGACAGUUUUGACAACAGCACUUCCACAAGCAAGCUGUCCAACCGGCCGUCAGUGCUCUCUGAAGACACACAAGUUGAAGACAACAGGUGCCCCAGAAUAGGAAUGCACCCUUCCCUUGAAAGAGAGAGACAGAAUCUGCAGGAGACCCUUGGAGACCAGCAGGUUGGCCUGUGCCAGUGUCCUGCCUUGCAAACUUCCUCUCCGUACAAGCACAGCAGCUCAGGAGCAGAAAUUCACAGGGAGAGACUCUGCCGAGAUUGUCGAUGUCGAAAGUAUGGUUGGAAAGCUUGGGGUGGGUCUGGGCUGGACCCUAUCCAGCCGGCUGGCAUGACAGAAGAAGGGCAGCUCAAUAAAUCACAGUGCUCUAGUGACACUGCCCAGCAGCAGUCCGAUUAUACCUCAGACAACAGCCAUCUCCCUGCUGCUGACAUCUACAAAAUUCACAGAUGCCUUUGUUCUCUUGGCAGCUCUUUUGACAUGCUCAACAUCUCCAGUGAGACGUCAAUUAGUGAUUUUGAGCAAGGCCUAAAGCUUGCUGAAUCAGCCAGUUCUUGUCCUGAUGUCUUAGAGCUGUCUGAUUCGUACAGUCAAACAGAGAGAGGUUACUUGAACGGGAAGAGAGAUACCCUGCGGCUGGACCUGAGGGAGACGGUCUUUGAUAUCUCUCCAGCAGCAUCGCAGCAGAACAGCUCUUCAUGGAAAAAUCGAUUUGGAUUAGGGAGCGAAGGUCCGGUUGUGCUACCAAACAGCCAACCAGACAUGCCUGAUGUUUGGAUCAAACGAUCUAGCGCACAAAGUUCUGGUUACAACAGUUGAAACCUUGCAGAAAACAAAACUGUACUGCCAGGGAAAGGGGAAGUCGAAAUCUCCUUGGAACUGUAAAUAUCAGUUUUUUCCUGCCACCUCUCCUAGAGCUGAGACGAUUUCUUAGUAUUUCAGCUGUGCAAAUACCUGUGUUUUCACAGAACCAGCAAAUCUGAUACUAGUGAGAGGAUGUGAGAUCAAUCUUGAUGGAGUACAAGCCCUUUGACCUUCCAGUGUCUGGUGCCAUAUCCACAGCUGUACUGCAAAACUUAUCGAGUAAACCUGUUUUGUCAUUUCCUACGAGGUGAUUAGAUUUUGUUUUCUUGUCAAGGUCACAUAGGAGAGAAAUAAUGAGGUGAAUCUCCCCAGAUAUUUAACAA